GCCUUUCUUUUACUGUUACCAUGGCAACGUGGUUGCAGCUAGCGCGCCAAGCAACCUGUAAACGUUAAAAACUGUUAAAAAACUACUACUUCAUUACAUUAAGUGAACAUGGCUGACAUUUUAUCGUUAAAAGAAGCAGCUCUGGUCUAUUUGGACAGAAGUGGUGGCCUUCAGAAACUGGUUGAGGACUGCAAACCGUUCAGCGACCCCCAACAGGUUGAAGCAGUCUACAGGUUGUGUAUCAGUGUGAAUCCCUCCGAUGUGAUAGAGGUGGAUCCCGUAUUGGGUGACUGUGUUCUGCAUAAUCCUUUAGCAGCAACUGCGUUGUUUAAGUCUGUCUGCUUCCUGGCCAUAAAGACGCUUUCGCUUGUUGAAAAAAUACACACAGAGAGUCAGGUCAAUGUGAUUCUGAAGUUGACACACCUGCCUCCGUUCCCUGAGUACACGUUGGACCUCUGUAGUUUUCCUCGAGGGUAUGGUCCAGUGAGGCCGGUCUCCAUGGAGGGACUGGUCAUUGCCUUGACAAGAGUCACGAAAUACACACAGGGGGCAAGGUUCCUCUGCGUUAAUGAUGACUGUCCCUGCUCUACAGGGUUUCACCACAUUCGUGUCCAUGCACCUGGAGCCACAGAGUCAGCUACCGUGGGAAACAACUUCAGCUGCAUGAUCUGUAGUUACCCACUGAAAGAGGAUGUGAAGUUUAGAGUGUUGGGAGACAAACAACUUGUGGAGCUCAUCCAUGUCAAAGCACUGGAUGGUCUAAGUGCCUAUCAGCAAAGCUCACUCAGGUACCAGUCUGUCACCCUGUUUCUCAGAGAUGAGCUGUGUAACUCAAUGAGAAUCGGUCGGCUCUACAGGGUGUUAGGCAUUCCUGCGCAUGUGCACCAGUGGCCCAGUAUUACCUGGAGUGUAGAGGCAAAUAGUGUCCAACCGUGGGAGCCAGAGUAUCCCCAUAAAGUCAGCGCCAGCUUCCAGAAGCUGUUGAAGUCCACGGCUGGUUCUCCCUGGAGGUUCUCUGCCGUUGUGGCUCAUUUCUUUGGGUCUGACGUGGCUCCUCCAGGCCUCUACAAUACCUUAAAGCUGGGCUUGUUGCUCAGCUUGGUGCAGACGAGAUCAGAUGAAAAAGACACAUUUCACAACUUGGAUCUCCUAGUUGUCACCACUGACACUCUUAUACCGGACAGACUAAUGAUGUACAGCCUGGCCUUGGCGUGUCGUGGGGUCAGGCAUCAGGCCUCAGGGGAGAUGUUUGCAUCUCUGUCCAAGGACCAACACGGGACAGGCACUGCUAACAUCCAUGCUGGUUCUGCCCUGCUAGCCAGUGGAGGGAUUUGCAUGUUGGGAGAUCUUGGCUGUUACAAAAAGGACAGAUUGGAUGCCAUUCAGUCGGUGUUCUUUCAUCCCACUGACUUUUUCUCAGUUCUGGAGAGCUGCACAGUGUCUGUGUUCAUCCCAGGGAAGAAGUAUGGUGAAGAUGCUGACCAGCAGCUUUCCUUUCCAGUCCAGUGCAGCUUCUGGGCUCUCACAGAGUCUACAGAUGCCUCUCGACGGUCUGGGAGGGCAGACUACGCCAUACUGGGAACAGCAGAAAUGGGUCCAGUACCACUUCAGCUGGCAGAUGCCUUUGGCCUAGUCAUUCAGUGUAAAGACAUGGCAGGAGAGCAGGCCCUACUUGCUCAGACAGUCCACACCCUGCAGCAGGCAGUACAUCCUGGAAAACCCCUGUACUCAUCCUGCUGGGAGUUUUCUACUCAAGACUACAAGGAGCUGGUGGCUCAUGCACAGAGUUUGCAAGUGGAGCUCACCCCUGAAGCCGAGAAAAUAAUCCACGGUUACUACAUGGCCAGCCGUAGAGUCCGGACACAGAGUCAGGGUGUCAAGAUGUCUGUGGCCUCUAUCAAACUACUGAUCUCUUUGGCUGAGGCUCACUGCAAGUUAUGUCUCCGAACCCGUGUACUGGAGGAAGACGCUGUGAUUGCUGUGCUCCUCUGUGAAAAUUCAGUCACUCUCAAGCAUGGGGCCUCUGCUCUCGUUAUUCCACCAGAUGCAGUGUUUCCUUGUGACCUGGGAGAUGUGGAUGGUUUGCACAAGAGAGACGUGACCCUGGAUGAGCUCCACCAGAAUAUCCUACGCUUCAUCUACGCCUACGCACCAGGAGCAGACGCAUACAUCACGGAGCAGUAAGGCCUCUCCAUAGGUUCAAAAAUCACAGCCUUCUUCUUGCAGUGUUCUUGUCAAAUGGGCAAUAUAGGUGGUGGCCAGUAUCAACACGUCGAGUUUGGACAGCUUGGUGUCCGGCGGCACGGACGGCAAAGUCCUUUGUAG